UGGGGUGGGCACUAGCAGUAGCUUAUUAAAAAGGUGAACUGUGACAAUGAAAUUGAAUAUGGGCUUGGGCAGCAGCAUGCCAGCAACGGUCACAUCUGGGUUGAAACUUGGAAGAUCCUUCAGGGGCAAUUUGGGAACUAUGAAAAGGUUAACGUUACCCUGUAAUUUGAAAGUACCACAGAGAUAAAAGAAUGCCAAAAACACAAAACACAGUGGGCGGCAGCCGGCAAGUGCAUUCCUCCCUUCCCAUCUCUCAUAGCUGUAGACCCUAUUGACUUCUUUUCACUCUGGAGGGAUUCUUCACCUUUAUUUUGCUUUUUAUCGCUCAUUGAUCCGUCCAAAUCCCAUUACAUUCAGCAGUUGAAGCUCAGAGAAUCACUAAUUUUUUGCAUCAAUUAGGAUUUAGCAGUGGAGCUUACAGGGUAGUGAACUUGUGAAGAAGGCGUUGGCCAUGGCAGCCCCAAAACCAGAGGAGAUAACUCAUCCAGCAAUGGACCAACUUCAAGGCUUCGACUACUGUGUUGACUCAAAUCCUUCAUGGGGAGAGGCCAUUGCUCUGGGCUUUCAGCACUAUAUCUUGGCUUUAGGAACUGCGGUGAUGAUUCCCACUUUUCUUGUUCCUCUGAUGGGAGGAUCUGAUGAUGACAAAGUGAGGGUGGUGCAGACUCUGCUUUUUGUUGAAGGAAUUAACACACUUUUACAAACACUGUUUGGAACUCGAUUACCCACUGUGAUUGGUGGAUCCUACGCAUUCAUGGUCCCCAUUAUCUCCAUAAUUCACGAUUCCAAGUUAAUGGGAAUCCCUGAUCCUCAUCUGAGAUUCCUCAACACUAUGAGGGCAAUCCAAGGUGCUCUAAUAGUGGCAUCCAGCAUACAAAUUAUUCUUGGAUACAGUCAGAUGUGGGGGAUUUGUUCCAGAUUUUUCAGUCCAAUUGGUAUGGUUCCAGUGAUUGCAUUAGUUGGCUUUGGCAUGUUUGAUAGAGGUUUCCCUGUGGUUGGAAGGUGCGUUGAAACUGGCAUUCCCAUGAUAAUUUUAUUCGUUGCCUUUUCCCAGUACCUGAAACAUUUUCAGGUGAAAGAACUGCCAAUACUGGAAAGAUUUGCUCUUCUUAUUUCCGUCACAGUGAUAUGGGCAUAUGCACACCUAUUGACUGCCAGUGGUGCAUACAAACAUCGUCCAGAGUUGACCCAAGUUAACUGCCGAACUGACAAGGCAAACCUCAUUUUUUCUGCACCGUGGAUAAAGAUACCAUACCCUCUUCAGUGGGGUGCACCUACUUUUGAUGCUGGUCAUGCUUUUGGAAUGAUGGCUGCUGUGCUGGUUUCAUUGAUUGAGUCAACUGGAGCAUAUCAGGCUGCAGCUCGUCUAGCAAGUGCCACACCACCUCCCGCUCAUGUUCUAAGCCGUGGUAUUGGCUGGCAGGGAAUAGGGAUUUUGUUGGAUGGCCUUUUUGGGACAUUGACUGGCUCUACAGUCUCUGUAGAAAAUGUGGGCCUUCUUGGAAGCACCCUUGUUGGAAGUCGCAGGGUUAUUCAAAUCUCCGCUGGUUUUAUGAUAUUCUUCUCAAUGUUGGGUAAAUUUGGAGCUCUGUUUGCAUCAAUACCUUUCAGUAUAUUUGCCGCUGUAUAUUGUGUUUUGUUUGGUCUUGUUGCUUCGGUGGGGCUCUCAUUUCUGCAAUUCACAAACAUGAAUUCAAUGAGGAACCUCUUCAUCACAGGUGUUUCCCUCUUCCUAGGUUUAUCAGUUCCAGAGUACUUCAGGGAGUACACGGCUGCUGCUCUUCAUGGUCCUGCUCAUACUACGGCUGGCUGGUUCAAUGAUUUCCUCAACACCAUUUUCUUCUCCUCUCCGACUGUUGCUUUAAUUGUUGCUGUCUUCUUAGACAACACACUAGACUACAAGGACAGUGCCAGAGACAGAGGGAUGCCAUGGUGGGCCAACUUUCGAACUUUUAAAGGAGAUAGCAGGAAUGAAGAGUUCUAUACCCUCCCAUUCAAUCUCAAUCGCUUCUUUCCUCCAUCUUGAAGUAGUGCUGCAAUUACUGAAGGAGGAUGUAAGAUGAAAAUCAACAAUUUUCAGAUGAAGAUUAUGAUCACAGCCCUUGUGAAGAAGACAUCGGGAUUUGUAUGUUUUGACUCGAGUGAGAUGAUGCAGCUUCCUUUUUCACUGUUUCUUCCCUCAUUAUUUUUAUGUAUAUUUUGGUUUGGGUUAUUCAGGUUUAAUCCAAUAUAACAAAUUAUUUA